AUGGGAACCAUUUCGAGCAAAUUUAAAAAGGAGUUUAAAGUUUGCGAAGAAAACAUGAGUUCUUUUCAAAAGCAGGAAUUUAAGCAAGUGUCGCCUGUAGAUGAAAUUACUAAUAACGACCAAUUUUAUUCUUUAUACAGGCUUGGACCAUGCAUGGCAGAUAAUCCUUAUAUGGAGGCUAGAACUUGCUUCCAUAGGAAGACUGAUAUCAAACGAUUUGUUAAAAUCUUCAGAAAAGAUCUAAUUACUAACGACUCAACAAAUGCAGCUUUGGAAAUAGAAUUGCAAAUAUUAAAAUCAAUAAAUCAUCAAAAUAUAGUAAAGCUCUGUGACUAUUUUUCAGAGCCUAAACGAAUUUAUGUAGUCUCAGAAUUUUGUAAUGGAGGAGAACUGUUUACAGAAAUUUUGAGGAAAAAAACUUUCAGUGAACAUCGAGCAGCUUUAAUUAUUAAACAAAUUUUUUCAGGUGUAGCUUAUCUGCAUCAAAAUCAAAUUUGCCAUAGGAAUAUUAAGCCUGAAAAUAUUCUUAUGCAUGAAGAUGAAAACGGUUCAUAUAUAAAACUCUCUCAUUUUGGUUCAGCACUUCAAUUCGAAAAGAAUAAACAAAUAAAAGGAAUUCAUGGGUCUUCUUAUUAUAUUUCUCCAGAAGUACUAGGAGGAACUUAUAAUGAAAACUGCGAUUUAUGAAGUUGUGGAGUUAUUUUAUAUAUUUUAUUAGCAGGGUAUCCACCAUUUAAUGGGAAUAAUGAUGAAGAGGUGCUAGAAAGAGUCAAAAUUGGACAAUAUUCAUUAGAAGAUGAGCCUUGGCCAAGAGUUUCAGCAGAUGCAAAAGAUCUAAUAUCAAAAUUACUUAUUCCAGCUCAUCAGAGGAUAUCAGCUGAAGAAGCUUUGAGACAUAAGUGGAUUUUGGAUCAUGCAUUUACAUAUGAAAUUAAUAGCGAAGUAUUAUAG